AUGCACCCCAACAUUAAAGCAAAGCGCCAGGGAACACGCGAUGCACAGAGAAAGAUUUAUGGACAUCCGGGCUUUAAGACAUUUCUUUUCAAUCCUAUUCUUGGAAGGGGCAUUUCAUCAUUGGACUGGAAAAUUCCCGUUACAUUUCCGUUACACGAUCCCGGAAUUCCAAAUGUAUUGCCAGCCAUCAAGAAAUCAAGGAGAGGUUCGUGCAGGGGGAAAAUUCCCGAUGGGCGUGGUUUCUCGAAAGAUGAUGAUAUCGAUACCAGUGUGUUGCCUCGGUUGCUUACCAAGGUGGACGUUGUGAACAUUCAGAUUGUAGAGGUGGAAGAGGUGGAAGAGGUGGAAGAGGUGUAG